AAAAUUGCAAGUAUAGCUUUGUGUUUUUGAUAAAUGCUUGACCAUCUGGGAGGAUGUGUUCAAAGAAAUAACAUUACUCUAACCAGUGUGAGGCACCAUUGGCCAUAGUCCCUGUUUCGCCAGCUGUGGGUGGAUAUGAUAAGGUAUAAAGAUGGCAUUACUUUGCAUACUGAGGCCAGAUUACAGAGAGCAGAGUGGGAAAUGUGUAUGAGCUGUUUUACUGAGCAUAAAGACGCACGCAGUCAUUUGUAGCAGAGCUCAAAAAUAUACCUAACAUACUAUUUAACAACUUUAACUUGUUACCAGAGUGGCUUCAGGAUCCCUCCUAGCUAUGGCAGCUUGGGCACAGACAGCUUUUCUACUUUUCAGCAUAAUGUUAGCAGUGAUAGGCAAAGUGGAAAAAGAGCUUUCUCCAGAGUGCAAAGAAUUCCUCUACAUGGGAACGCCACCGAGAGGACUGGAACACCACUCCGUCCAGUUCAUUUGUCAGUACUACAACAAAAAGCCACGCUACGUGACUCUGUACAACACUGUGGACCAUAUACCGAUCUACUCUGCCUACAUAUUUAAACGCUCAGAAGGGGAGAAAUGUAUGGAUGUCCCUUGGAUGUACGAACCUCAGCUGUCCACAUCCUCUGAAACAGACGAGAUGCAGCCCUUUCCACGGAGUUACGUGCACAUGAACUUUGAAGAUGCCCAAGCUGUUCUUGACGAUUACACAAAUGCCAUCCUUUACGAGCGCGGCACGCUCAACCCGGACGAGCAUCAGAAUGAACCUGACGACAAAGCAGCUACCUACACCCUCACCAAUGUGGUACCCGUGGUGCCUGAAGUCAACAACCUAAUCUGGGACAAACAGGAGCACAUGAUCCGCAAAAGGCUUAACAACUACUGUCGUGGAACGGCGCACAUUGUCACCGGGGUCACCACCUCUGGCAAGAUGAUCCGCCGGGAAAACAUGAACCGCAUUGCAGUUCCCACCUACCUGUGGUCAGCAUAUUGCUGUGUUGACUAUGACCACAACACACCUUUUAUGAACCGUUAUAAAUUCCCAUCUUUUGCUUACUAUGGCCUCAACGAGGAUGAGAACAAUGACAUGGUGGAAGUCUCCGUCCAGAAACUGGAGGAGUUUCUCAAGAAGACAGAAUUUGUAAGCCAGAACUUUCAGAUCUUUGUGGGCGACUGUUCCAUACAAGCACCUGAGAAAACUGCAUAGGGAAAAUAUUUAGAGAUAUUUUAACAUUUGACAAAUUAAAGAAAGACAAAAAAAGUAGUCCUACCAGAAGAGUGCCAGUGUACCUUCUCAUUGGUCUCUGGAACAUCAAUCUCUCAACAGACGUUCCUGUAUCUUUUUUAUUCCCUUUAUUAUUUGGUGUUUUUAUGAUUUAUGUCCUGUGAUUAUUCAAUUGGGUUUUAAUCCUGUUAUUACAGAGGCCAUAAUCUAUGAACUGCUUUAAAUUCAUACCCAUCAAACCAUUCAGUAAUCCUCAUGCCCUCUGGAUUGGGGCACUGUCAUCAUAGAGGAGACCACACCCAUCAGAAUAAAAUGUUGCAAUCAUAGAACAAAGGUUAUGAAAAGUUUCUUUUAACUUGCAGUGCCCCUUCAAAGAGGACAGAUGAAUCCAAACCAUAAACGAGAUAUACAGGUUAUUAAUUUUUCCUUUAAGUUGUCACUGAUCUUUGUGGUGUUUAUAAGUAAAAUGAGGUGCCAUCAUGUGCCAACAAAACAUCCAGCUAAAUUAUAACAGUGUGACAGUGAGCUAUCGCUAACAGUAUCCAUGAAAUUUGCAACCAGAAUUUCUUUUGUUAUCUACACCUGUGCUUUUUCUACUGUGCAUGCUAAUUUAUAUGACACGUUACAUCAGGUAAAACAAAAGCUUCCAAGCGGGUCAUAAAAUCUGCCGACACUGGAUAUCACGUGUAUUUUUUGUUGUUCUGCAUAACCUUUACUUUGAAGGCAGAGGCAUA